AAACAGCUGAGUUUUGUUUACAAGCUUAUUUUGAAAUUUCUGUUUUCGAAAUGUUUGGAAAUUUGAAGCGGUUCGAUGCAAACAGGUUCUCCAGUUUGGAGGAAGAGAUUCUGGAAAAUCUAGUUCUAAAGUAUAAGCAAGCUAUAAGGUCGCAAAAUUUGGACGCUUGGAAGCAAAUCGCCGCGGACUUUAAAUUACAAUCAGGAAUAGAUCGUCCUUGGCAAAGUUUGCUAGAGAAACAUGUAAAUACUCCUCGAUUAAAAAAGCGAAAGGUUAAUAAUGAAAUGGUAGACGAUAGAGUGUUGAACGUUGAAGCAGCAUCCGGGGUAAAAUUGUCCAUCACAUCAGUUUCAUCGCUCCGAGAAGUUGUUAAAGAUGAGGAAAGCAGCAUUCACCCUGAUCCAGAAAACUCCAGCCAACCUAUAUUUGAGCAGAACGACGACAUUACGAACAUAAAAAUCGAGCCAGCCGACGUUCCAGCAGAAAAAGAGACCUUAUCAGUCGAACCAGUCUACGAUCUAACAGAAGAAGAAUCCCUAAAAAUCAAACAAGAAAACGAUCCAAUAGAUAUUGAAAAAUAUAUAAAUAGAAAAACGAUUUUGAAAAUGUACCUAGAACCAGAAAGCGUUCAAUCUGAUCCAGAAAAUGAACACAGGAGCACCCCCAGUCAAGACUCCAGCCAACCUAAAUUUGAGCAGACUGACUGCAAUAUAAAAGUAGAACCAGCCAUCGAUCUUACAGAAGAAGAAACUUUGACAGCCGAACCAGCUAACGCUACAAAUGAAGAAAACUUCUCAGUCGAACUAACCAGCGCUGCAAAAGAACAAGAAACUUUGACAGUCGAACCAGCCAACGAUCCAAAAGAUCAAGAACCCUUGACAGUCGAACCAGCCAACGAUCCCAUAGAAGGAGAACCCUUGAGAGUCGAACCAGCCAUUCAUCCAAUAGAAGGAGCCUUGGCCUUCGAACAAGCCAGAGAUCCAACAGAAAAAAGAAUCUUGACAGCUGAACCAGCCAACGAUCCAAAAGAAGGAGCAGCUGUGAGAGUUGAACCAGUCAUCCAUCCCAUAGAAGGAGAAACCUUGGCCUUCGAACCAGCCAGCGAUCCAACAGAAAAAAGAACCUUGACAGUGGAACCACCCAACGAUCCAAUAGAAGAGAAAACCUUGACAGACGAAUAUCUUAUUCUGCUCAAACUCCAACAGGAUUACUACCGAGGUAAAAACGCCAGAGCAGCCGAAAAACACAAAGUAGAGAUAGAAAGUCUGAAAAUGAUACUGGAUCAGCGAAAGUUUGAGUAUGAAAAGACCAAAAUGGAAUUGGAGAAGUAUAAACUAGAACUGGAAAACUCCCGCCUUAAAAGUCUACUGUCUGAAAUGGAGGUCCUGGAGUCUAAAGAUGAUUCUUAACACAUUUUUUAGUUACAUAGUAAAUAAAUUUGACAA